ACCAUAGAAGAACAUGUCACGUGCUGUUUGUGUACGCUAGUUAUAACCUUGAGUGCUGUAUCCGUUGAUGGAGUUUCAACACUACUACAGUAAGAAUGUUACAGAUGAAAAAUCGUAUGAAAUAUUGCUCUGUCGCCAUCGCUGCGAACAGACUGGUUUCAGGACCGGUGAAGAACCCUGUUGUCUUUAUGGACAUUGCAGCUGACGGAGAGUUCAUUGGAAGAAUUAUUAUUGAGCUCUAUGCUGACGUUGUACCCAAAACAGCUGCAAAUUUCCGGGCCCUUUGUACAGGAGAGCAUGGCUUUGGAUAUAAGGGCUCAGUAUUCCACAGAAUCAUCCCUGAGUUCAUGUGUCAGGGUGGAGAUUUCACUAAUCAUAAUGGCACUGGUGGAAAAUCUAUUUAUGGAAAGACAUUUAAUGAUGAGAAUUUCAAGCUGAAACACACUGGACCAGGUGUUCUAUCUAUGGCCAACUCUGGGCCUAACACAAAUGGAUCCCAGUUUUUCAUCUGCACUGCAAAAACAGAAUGGCUAGAUGGCAAACACGUUGUUUUUGGGCAGGUCAAAGAGGGAAUGGAGACGGUCUCUGUGAUGGAGUCCUGCGGCCUACAUGAUGGAGGAACUUUAAAGAAGAUUGUCAUCACAGACUGUGGAGAACUCAAGUAACCAAGGAUGUGCAUUCAUUUCAAUGUGAUCGAAGGGUUUCACAACAAAACUGCUUAAUGCAUGUAAUUUAUAGUAAAUUAUUUCAUAUAUAUAUAUAUAUAUAUAUAUAUAUAUAUAUUAUUAUUAUUAUUAUUAUUAUAUAUAUUUUUUUUUUUAUUAUUAUGAUUAUUUUAAUGUGUCAGUCUAUGGAUCCAUUGAGGUGUUUUAUGCUUACUAAGUAAGCAAAUGACGUAUGGUGAUUACUUACAAAUCUUGCUUGUGGAUCAAAUGCCCUGGGCCAUAAGGAAAUUUAUACUGUUAAGCCUUUUUUUAUUAUUAUUAUGAUAAAAGCUAUACAGAGAUUGUUUACUUUCUGAGAACUAUGCCAGUGAAACCCCAGGAUUUUUUUUUUUAAAUAAAUAUAUUAUACAUGA